UACCGCAGUCAAGAUGCGCGCGUCGAUCGGUCGCGCGGCCUGCGCUUUACUCCUCCUCUCUCCUGUCACCCUGGUACUCUGUCGUCAAGAAAACACAGGGUAUUACGCUGAAGAUGGUUACCGUGACGACGCCAUAGACGUGGUGGACACAGACGCAGUGUGCCCCACGGACAAGCUGCUGCGGUCUCGCGAGACAUGUAAAGUGGACGGGGUCGACGUGCAGUGCAUUCGGUUGAACUGCUGUGAAGACUACAAUUAUAUUGCCGGACGAUGCAUAUUAAAAUCAGUGGAACCCUGCAGCCUACACUUGUGUGAGCAAGCAUGUGAGGUUCGAGAACAGCGGGUGUGGUGCUUCUGCUACCCAGGGUUUAGAUUUGAUCCUGACAGCUAUAGGAGGAAAAGGCAGCCCUAUUGUAUAGAUGUUGAUGAAUGUACAAGCAAUAACGGGGGUUGUGAGCAGCGAUGUGUGAAUGACCCUGGAGGGUACCACUGUGAAUGUAACCUACCAUACACUGUCGCGAGCGACGGUAGAAGAUGCGUACCACCCGUAGCCAUUGCGAUACAGGAGCCGUUACCAUUAGUUCGUGCAUCUUCCCGCUGUUACGCGCCAUGCGACACUGUGUCCUGGCUGUCAAGGAAAGUCAAGCAACUAAGCGAUCAAUUACAUACGACACAGGCCGCUCUAAAAAAGCUGUUGGAAAACCCUGUUCUAAAAGGAGAAGAUGCAGACCGUUUCGCAGAAGGUACAUACACUCAUAGGGUGCUAGACGCUACGGCGCCGUUGGAAGGUGGUUACUGCCGAUGUGAAAGAGGGCCAAGGGGUCCACCUGGUCCGCCUGGUAUGGAAGGGCCAAAGGGUGACAUCGGACCACGUGGACCGCGUGGGGCACGUGGACCAAAAGGUUCGCUUGACCUCAUGCUACUGCUGCUAGCGGACAUUCGACACGAUAUACACAAUCUAGAAGAGAAAGUCUACAAAGAUGGUGAACGGCCAGAGCGCUUCAAUCUGCAGAAGGCUUGGCGUCGACAACACAAACAAGAACAGUUAGAAAAAGAACGCAAAAUUGAACAAGAAUUGGAAGCGUACACCGCGCCUGCCAUCGUCGGCGCCGGGCCAGUUGAGAUAUCUCCACACGGUUUAAAUGGAGAAAUCAUUCGCGACUCAGAGACCACAACAGAUUGGACACUGGUUAAAGGCGAUCAAAGUACCGACACCCUGGAAUUUGAAGACAUGGACGAAAAACUAAAGCAGCUCCGACUCCUGGCAAACGCGACCAGUUCCGGAGAUGACGAAGACGAUGUUGACACUGAUUACGAUUACAGUUUCUACUAAGAUUACAUAAUUUAUGAUAAAUUG